ACUCACGAGUACUACUAUCUAUCUAUCCAUCACGUCUCCAAUACUUGAGGAAUGCCUACUUAUUAGGCUUCUUUAUUUUUGAUCACCUCCUUUUUUCUUCCCUUUUUUCUCGCCAAACAACUAAUUUAUCUAUUCAUCUUUUGGCCUUACUUUAAUUUGCUAGUGUUUGUAUCUUUUUUUUUUUUUGCACAAACAAAUUAAAAAUAUGGCAAACUUAUUGCUCGAUGAUAUCCGUAAGGCUCAGCGUGCUGACGGACCGGCUACUAUCUUGGCUAUUGGCACUGCUACGCCUCCUAAUUGCGUGUACCAAGCUGAUUAUCCUGAUUAUUAUUUUCGCAUUACUAAAAGCGAACACUUGACUCAGUUGAAGGAGAAAUUUCAACGCAUGUGUGAUAAAUCAAUGAUCAACAAACGUUACAUGUACUUAACUGAAGAUAUUUUGUUGGACAAUCCAAAUAUGUGCGAGUAUAUGGGUUCAUCACUAGACACUAGACAAGACAUGGUGGUGGCUGAAGUUCCUAGGCUCGGCAAAGAAGCUGCUAUCAAAGCCAUCAAAGAAUGGGGACAACCCAAAUCCAAAAUCACCCAUGUGAUCAUGUGCACCACUUCCGGUAUCGACAUGCCCGGUGCUGAUUAUCAGCUCACUAAACUCCUCGGCCUUCGCCCAUCCGUCCGCCGCUUUAUGCUCUACCAACAAGGUUGUUUUGCUGGUGGUACAGUCCUCCGCCUGGCUAAGGACUUAGCCGAGAACAAUCGUGGAGCACGAGUCCUAGUGGUUUGCUCAGAGAUCACCGCGAUAUGUUUUCGCGGGCCAACUGAAACCCAUCUAGACUCAAUGGUGGGCCAAGCCUUGUUUGGUGAUGGGGCAGGAGCCUUAAUAGUGGGUGCAGACCCAAAUGAACCCAUUGAAAGGCCCUUAUUCAAAAUGGUGUGGACAGCCCAAACCAUAAUUCCAGAUUCGGAAGGUGCAAUAGAUGGACACUUACGUGAAGUGGGCCUAACUUUUCACUUACUAAAAGAUGUUCCUGGUUUAAUCUCAAAGAAUAUAAACAAAGCUCUUGAAGAUGCAUUUAACCCAUUUGGGAUAAAUGAUUGGAACUCCAUUUUUUGGAUUGCUCAUCCUGGUGGGCCCGCUAUUUUGGAUCAAGUUGAGGAGAAAUUGGGUCUUGAUAAAGAGAAACUUAAAGCUACAAGAAAUGUUUUAAGGGAUUAUGGGAAUAUGUCUAGUGCUUGUGUUUUGUUUAUUCUUGAUGAGAUGAGGAAGAAGUCUUGUGAGGAUGGGAAAACUACAACUGGCGAAGGGCUUCAUUGGGGUGUUUUAUUCGGGUUCGGGCCCGGUCUUACUGUUGAGACUGUUGUGCUUCAAAGUGUUCCCAUUGGUGAAACAUAGUUUGCUAGUUAACUGCUUUUUAAAUUUGCAAUUCGCUCUGAACCGAUCAGAAUUCACAAGGCGAUUAGCAAAUCGUGUGAAAUUGCUGGUUACUAUCAAAUAUCAAGUAUUGAUCAUAAUUCAUGCAACAUUGCUUAUUUAUGCAUUUUAUUACUUUUCAAUUAAUGUGUUAUUUAUAAAUAUUUUUAAUACAAGUAUAAUAUAAUAUAUUUUGUGUUUUUAAUUUUUAGAAGAAUUAUGAUAUGGAAGUGUAUAGGGGCUUCCAGAUAAUAUAAUGUAAUAACAUAAUAUAAUUAGAAGAAUUGUGUUUUGAAAUGUGUUUAUAAUAAAAAUUUGUAUGUUU